AAGGCGCGUGCGCAGUGAAGGCGAUCGGCACCUGUCGGCUCAGUUGGGGCUCGGGGGCUGCGAUGCCAGGGACGCUCUCCAAAGCCGGGUCGGGCCCCUUGGCCCAGAGGCUCCUCGCCCGCUACCUCCUCCUCCUCCGCUUCUACCCGGUCCUCACCAAAGCCCUCUCCAGUGCCCUUCUCUCAGCCCUUGGGAGUCUGUUGGCGGAGAUCAUUGAGAAGAGCCGGAAGAAGAAGGUGCUUGACUUGUGGGGACCUCUGAGGUUUGCAGUCUAUGGGUUCUUCUUCACAGGACCGCUCAGCCAUUACUUCUACCUCUACUUGGAGCGAGCAAUCCCUUCUGAUGUGCCUUUUGCCACCUUCAAGAAGCUGCUCCUGGACCGCCUGGUGGUUGCGCCAGCCUUCCUUGUCCUCUUCUUCUUUGUCAUGAACCUCUUGGAGGGGAAGGACUCCUCUGCAUUCCGCAAGAAGCUAAAAUCGAGUUAUUGGGCAGCCUUGAAAAUGAACUGGAAAGUGUGGACACCAGUCCAGUUUAUUAAUCUGGGCUACAUUCCCGUGCAGUUCCAGGUCCUGUUUGGGAACCUCGUGGCGCUCUUCUGGUUUGCGUACUUGGCCUCCGUCAAGAAAUGACUGUGCGAGGAAGCGAUGAAGCAGGGCUUGGCCCUUCCGACCCGGUUCGGAAACGGUCUUUGGUGACUGAGCAUUACCAACCCUUGGGUGGAUGGAGCAAAAGGCAAGACUGAAUGGAACGAAGCCAUGGUCUGUCACUGGUGGUCACAUUCUCACGACCAUCUCCACUCUCUGAGCCACACCGCUACUUUCACCUUACCCUUUCCAGAACCGAGUUGGAAGAGUCUUCUGCCACCUUCCGCUGGGGCCUUCCAGGUCCCAUCCUGCUAACUAUCCUAACUUCAUGUGGCCUUUCCACAUUAAUUUUUAUAAUCGGUUUUUCUUACAUAUAUGUAUAUUUUUAAAAACCCCUUUGUGGGGCAACAGCAGGUAGUUCUCCCCCCCUCUUUCUUUCCUUCUUUUCUUUAAAUGGUGCUUAACACUAAUGGUUUGCCGGGAACAGGGAAACGUUGCAUAGGACUUUUGUGUAUCCCUUUUCCAAGGAAUAAAAUGACAAAAUGUGGUAUUUGAAAUAUGA